CAUUGGUCUUGACAGCUUCCAUCCGAUCGCAAUACCGAGGUUAGAAUAUCUCUCAGUACUCUGAUUUAACAGUCCCCCCACUGCGACAAUGUCUGGUCACUUUCUUGAGAGUCUACCACCUGAAGUACUAUUCAGCAUCUCGGAUUAUCUUGAGCCAGAUGAUCGAAAGAACCUCAGCCUGGCCAAUUCCGGCCUUCGGACCGCGAUGGCGCCAUGUCUCUUCAAGGUGCUAAGAGUCAAUUGUCCGCUUGUAGAGGAUCACAUCUUGCCAACUGUUAUCGACAAAUAUGGAGCGAAUAUUGUGAGCUUGAGAUUGAAUGUUACUUUCUACCCUAAUGAGAUGCCUGAGAAGACGGAGGAGGAGGCAGUUGAGGAAGAGGAAGAAGAGAGUGAGGAUGAGCCUUCUGACGUGGGCAUAUCGGAAAAUCAGGAAGAUAACGGCGAUAAUGAGUCUGACCAUGACUCAGAGUCCGAAGGAGUUAUCAAGCAUUAUGAAGAAGACGAUGAAGACAACGAAGAAGAAGAAGAAGAAGAAAGCGACAGUGACUCAGACGCUGGACCCAAAUGGUACUGGACAAAUCCUCCCGCAUCAGUCUGGGCUCGAAAAGAGGCAGAUACACCAACCAUCCAGGAUCUCAUCCAAUUCAAGGGAUUGCCACGCUGCAAAGCCCUGACCCUUCACACCAAUGGCGAACAAGACUUUGAAGUGGAUGCAGACUGGGAUAAUAACGAUAUCGGCAACAACUACAUCUACUUCUGCUGCGAACCUGAAGACUGGGAGGAAGUCAAACGAAAGGAAGAGAGAUACUCGUGGCGCGCAGCCCUUCGGGAUAUGUACCAUGACAUCGCUACGCUUUCGCCAGUCGACGAGUUCACGAUCCUGAACUUUCUCCCGCGAAAAACUUCUUUCUGGCAGCAAAAAGAAUGGUCUGAGUUUCUGGGCCGGCUGAAGAAGUUGACUCUCAAUACGUAUGGCGGAAAUAACGGAGCUGGCUGGCAGGCUAAUACAUUACCCGGCUUUCACGCUUUCUUCAAUGAAUUGCCAACAGCCGUUCUCGCUCAUGCAAACGCGCUGGAAUACUUUAAACUCAAGACUCACGAUGAUGGAUUUUUGGGCGGCGAAGGAUCGUUAUACAUACCUCCUGGAUCCAUGCCCUCAUUGCGGUCGUUGCACGUGGAUGGAAUAGCAGUUACCUCCGUGCUGACAGAUUACCUCAAAGCAGCAAACGGCACACUGUCCAAACUCUGCAUCACAGAAUGCGUGGCGUUUGCUUCCGACCCCAAUGGCGACGAUGCGCCAAAGUGGGCUGAUCUAUGGAAAGCUGUACGCCAGGCUCUUAGAGCACCUGCGGAGGUUGUAUGCGUGCCAACUAAGGAGCGACCCAUUACGGAAGAUGAAGGGGAUUACUAUGGUGAUGAUGUUUAUGUCCCGCCGGCUGACGAAGAUGACAAGAUUAAGAAUUGGAGAAGGAAAGCCAAGGAGGAGGAAGGGCUUUGUAUCUGGCCGUAUGGGUGGUUAGAUGAGAAGUAUGGAUCUAUAUUUCCUGAUCAUGAGGUGAAUCUGGAACGCCUUGAGAAUGGGGAGGAUAACUUGGAGUUUAAGUUGUUGAUGGAUGAGGUGAAGAGGGGAGGUGGGAAAUGUACAGUCUCUUGAUCAGAGUGAGCAAAAAAGGCAUGACACAAAUA